GCCUAUGAGAAGCGUUUCCCCACCUGCCCAGAGAUCCCAGUCUUCCUGGGGAGUGAGAUCCUGCACGAAUCCAGGAGUGAUGAUGGAGCCAUCCACGUCAUUGAGCGGAGCUGCAAGCUGAACGUGGAUGCUCCCAGGCUGCUGAAGAAGAUUGCAGGGGUAGAGUAUGUUUUCUUCAUCCAGAAGAACACAGUGAACUGGAAGGAGCGGACUCUCCGCAUCGAGGCCCACAACGAGACCUUUGCCAACAGGGUGGUUGUCCUGGAGACGUGUAGCUACUCUGUUCACCCUGAGAACGAGGAGUGGACUUGCUUUGAACAGUCUGCCUCUCUGGACAUCAAGUCCUUUUUUGGCUUUGAGAGCACGGUGGAGAAGAUUGCCAUGAAGCAGUACACUUCAAACAUCAAGAGGGGCAAGGAGGUGAUUGAGCACUACCUGAAGGAGCUGAUCUCCCAGGGGAUCACCUUCAUCCCCCGCUGGGCUCCUCCCACAGCCUCUGGACAGCAGGAGGAGCAGCCCCCGGCCCUUGGGCACACUGCUGACCUGCCACUGGACUCUGGGGCUGCUGGCAACACCAAGGAGCAGACUGGCAGCUCCUGCCCUCCAGCAGAAGCUGUCAGCCCUGAUGCUGACAAGUUGGACGCCGAUUACAUCGAGCGCUAUCUGGGCCAGCUGACUCCCCUGCAGGAGAGCUGCUUGAUCCGCCUCCGCCAGUGGCUGCAGGAGACACACAAGGGCAAGAUCCCCAAAGAUGAACACAUCCUUCGGUUCCUGCGGGCGCGGGACUUCAACCUGGACAAAGCCCGGGAGAUGCUCUGCCAGUCCCUGGCCUGGAGGAAGCAGUUCCAGGUGGAUUACAUCCUGCAGUCCUGGAGGCCCCCAGCCCUCCUGGAGGAGUACUACACAGGAGGGUGGCAUUAUCAAGACAGAGAUGGGCGACCGCUCUACAUCCUUCGCCUUGGCCAGAUGGACACCAAAGGUCUGGUGAAGGCCCUGGGAGAGGAGUCGCUGCUGCGACACGUUCUGUCAAUUAAUGAGGAAGGACAAAAGAGAUGUGAGGAAAACACCAACACCUUUGGCCGCCCCAUCACGUCUUGGACGUGUCUGGUGGACUUGGAAGGGCUGAACAUGAGGCACCUCUGGAGGCCUGGGGUUAAGGCCCUGCUUCGGAUCAUCGAGGUGGUGGAGGACAACUACCCCGAGACCCUGGGCAGGCUGCUGAUAGUCAGAGCACCCCGGGUCUUUCCUGUGCUCUGGACUCUGGUCAGCCCAUUUAUCAAUGAGAACACAAGGCAGAAGUUCCUCAUUUACAGUGGGAAUAACUACCAGGGUCCAGGAGGGCUGGUAGACUACGUGGACAAAGAGGUGAUCCCAGACUUCCUGGGAGGAGACUGCAUGUGCACUGUCCCAGAGGGUGGCCUGGUGCCCAAGGCACUGUACCAGACAGAAGAGGAGUCAGAGAACUCGGAUCACAUCCGGCUGUGGACAGAAACCAUCUAUCAUUCUGCAAGUGUCCUCAGAGGAGCUCCACAUGAGAUAGUUGUGGAGAUCCUGGAAGAGGAAUCUGUGAUCACCUGGGACUUUGACAUCCUGAAGGGAGAUGUGGUGUUCAGCCUCUUCCACUCCAAACGGGCUCCUGAAUCAAGUCAUAAAGAGGCCACGUUGCCCAGUGCCUCAGCUGCUGGGGACAACACACAGCUGAUUGACAAGACCUGGGUCCUGGGGGUGGAUUACAGCCGUGUGGAGUCUCCACUGGUCUGCAGGGAAGGAGAGAGCAUCCAGGGCUCUCAUGUGACUCGCUGGCCUGGCUUCUACAUCCUGCAGUGGAAGGUGCACGGCCCCCUGCCCUGUGCUGGCAGCAGCCUGCCCCGCGUGGACGACGUCCUGGCCUCUCUGCAGGUCUCCAGUCACAAGUGCAAGCUCAUCUACUACUACGAGGUGCUGGCCUCCAAGGACUUCAGGGGGUCCAUGUCCAGCCUGGAGUCUUGCAACAGCGGCUUUUCCCAGCUGAGUGGAGCCACGACCUCUUCCAGCCAGUCCCAGAGCAGCUCCCACCUCUCUAGAUAGCAGGGCCGGGGCUGCAGCAACAGGGGGGAGUCAGGGAGGGGUCCCCAGCCCCCCUUGAGCUGCUCCUGCACCCAACCAAAGAGCCUGUGGGGG